AUGGAUGAUAGCACCAAUGAUGAGAUCGAAGAUGAAAUCCAGAUCGAACAAUUCCUCUACGAAGUCGAAGAAGAAUUCAAUAACCCCUUCCCCCACUUUCCCUCUCCCUCUCCAUCUCCAUCUUCCUCUUCCUCUUCUCAAGAUCAACCUAACGCCAUUGCAAUUGCUUCACCCGCUGAAUUCACUUUCAAUACCAGCAUCGCCUCUUUGCACACAUACCUCGGUGAUGUGGAAGACACGCGCCACCGCACUGCUUUUUUGGAUGGUGGUGCUAUAUUGAACAUUCCACUGUUUUGUCUUCAAGGUGUUGUACUCUUUCCCGGGGCUACUCUUCCCCUUAGGGUUACUGUUUCUCGUUUUGUGACUGCUAUUGAGAGAGCUUUGAAUCAAGUUGAUGUUCCUUAUACCAUUGGUGUGAUUCGGGUUCACAGGGGAACUGGAAGUUUUACUAUGAAAGCCGCAAGCAUUGGGACAACUGCAGUGAUUCGACAAUAUGGUCGUCUAGAGGAUGGCUCCCUGAAUGUGGUGACCCGAGGACAACAACGAUUUCACCUAAGGCGGUGUUGGAAUGACGUGGACGGAGUGCCUUAUGGAGAGAUCCAAAUUAUUGAGGAAGAUUUACCAUUGAGAACUCCAAGGGAUGCUUUUGGCAAAUCAGCAUCAUCAUGUAAUAUGCUUUGCAGCUGCGUUGAAAUGCAUGGCUUAAAAAACGGGGAAAAUGAUUCAAAAGCAAAUUCAAACGAGGGUUUUGACAGUGAGCUUUCACCAUUGGAAAGAAAAAUCCACCUAUCUGGUUCUGCAUCUGAUAUGAUGGAUGUAUUAGCAAGCAAUAGUGAUCAGGAAAUAAGAUCCAAUUUGGAUUCCAGCACUGGGAUAUGUUCCACUUCUGGAAAGCUGUCAUCCAAAGAAGAGCUUCAUAGAUGCUAUAAGAAUAAACCAUCACAUAUAAUUUCAAAAGCAUUCUUGCCCCACUGGGUAUAUCGUAUGUAUGACUCCUAUUGGCUUGCACAAAAGGCCGCAGAUAUGUGGAAGCAAAUAGUCAGGGUUCCUAGUAUGGAUAGUCUCAUCAAGAAGCCUGAUGUUUUAUCAUUUCACAUCGCCAGUAAAAUACCUGUUUCUGAAUCUACAAGGCAAGAGCUAUUAAACAUCGAUGGCAUCGUAUAUAGGUUGCGCAGGGAAAUUGAAUUACUAGAGAGCAUUGAUCUUAUCCGAUGUAGAAUAUGCCAAACUACAAUUGCAAAACGAAGUGAUAUGUUGGUGAUGUCAAAUGAGGGUCCUCUUGGCGCCUAUGUAAAUCCAGAUGGUUAUGUACACGAGAUAAUGACUCUUUACAAGGCCAAUGGUUUAGCUCUCAUUGGGCCAGCAGUUACAGAAUAUAGCUGGUUUCCCGGAUAUGCAUGGACAAUCGCUAAUUGUGCCACAUGUAGAGCCCAAAUGGGAUGGCUCUUUACAACCACCAACAAAAAACUAAGGCCUGAUGCAUUUUGGGGUAUUCGGAGCUGUCAACUUGCAGAAGAAACACGCCAAAUCAGUUAG